CAUGCGCCAAUUAUGCAAAAUCUCAUGCUGUCCACUUUAAUCAAGAGGUUCAAUGAGAGCUUUAUAAACAAACACCAAAGAUGAGAGAGAGAUCCCCAAUCACCCUCUCUCAUUUUCAUAUUUUGACAAGGAAAUAACUAGGGCCACCACUUACUUCAACCAUAAGCCUCCAUCACCUCAAUCAGACUAUAUAUUAUGCAAUAUAAAGCCAGCACCACUACCACCAAGUUCCCUGAGAAAAUGGCUGCUACGGCUCUAGUUGCGAUAGGCACACAAGGCACCGUAGGAUCACUUGUGAGGAAAGAAAUUAAGUAUUUCUCAAAGUUUGAGAUAGAGAAAAGUGCGAGUUCAAGGAAACCUCAAGGGCUGGUGGUUGACAUAGCUUCCAGUAAUGGUCAGUCAAGGCCUAGUUUCUGGUCCUUGACGAUGAGCUGGCAAGGGAAGAAGCGAAGAGGCAGCAGUGGAUUCUUUCCGAGUAUCUGUUCUGCUGUGGAAGUUGCUGACAGCAAUAGUCUCAGUGGUAUUCCUGGGUUCGGUUAUAUAAUCCUGAAAGAUGAUUUGAAGGAUAUGCAGGUUUAGACAAUCGUACAAAGAGCUGCCAUGCUCUCUGACUUCUCUAAGCUGGUAUGUCAAGCCAGUGGGCCGUGCUUUUGCUGAUCCUAUAACUUUAGGUCCACAGCUUCAAUAGUACUUGAUUCUCCUUGUCAGAAUUAAACUAUCUAUCAGGCUUACUUUUGAUCAGACUAGGAGAAGAGCACGUGAACAAGUUGGUAAAUUUCCUGGCAUGUGUUGCUGGUUAGAAUUACAGUUUUUCAUGCUUUCACACCUUUGCCUCAUCCAGAUAUCACCUUCAUGAAGUAGCAUCUCAGAGGUGAUAAUUAUAACUGCAAAAUGACACCCACAGGCUGACUUCUAAAAGAAAUCAGAUAUUGUGUGUACCGGAUUGGGAGGUUAACAAUCAUCACUCCUUCUUUUUCGAUCGCCAUGCCAUUAUAUCAUAUGUUAACGGACCUAGCUCAUACCUUAAAAGUUCCGAUUAAAAUAUCGCGAAGGACUGCAAAUGGAAUGCUGGCUCAAAAUUAAUUGCGGUGUGAAGAGUAUAUCUAUGUAGAGUUAAGGUUUGUUGUUGUUUUUGCAUAGAAGAAAUUGGAGCAUGUAGUUUUUAAUUGAAUGAGACUGAUAAAGAAUAGCAAACAUUGAUAUUGUAAAUUAAACGUAAACUCUUGCAAUUCCAUGGCCUGCACUUUUUUA